AUGGGACGUCGUGAAGAUGAGGGUGAAUCAAAUCGUCGGCACGCACGCCACAGGAUGUCCCCGAGCCCUGCACAUGGUGAAAGCAAUGAAGAAGUUAUUCGCAAUAAACUGCGCGAGUCUGGGUGGAAAAAACGCAGAACUGAGAGUGAUAGCACGACAGACGUCGAGACCCUUAAGGACAAGGAGGCGGUCAAAGAAAUGACCGAAAAAAGGACCCUACGUGGCGUAGACGAGCGUCGAAGCUCGCGUAAAUCGCGAAGCUCACGACGUACUUCACGUUCCCCGCGUCGGCGUGACCGAGAGCAUCGUAGUUCACGCAGAAAGUCGUCGGGUAGCAGACGCCGGUCGCCGUCGCGCUCCCGCUCCGCUGCGUCUCGUUCACGCUCGAGAUCACGGUCCUACUCUCAGUCGACAGGUCGUCGUCGACAUCAUCACUCGUUGUCGUUGAGGAAGCGACGGUCUUCACGCUCGGUGUCGAGAGAGAGAGAUGGAAAUAAACUGAGACGAUCGCGUUCUACGUCGGCAUCAAAGAGAAAGUCCUCAACAACAGUAAAAAGUGAGGAAGAAAGAAAGAAGAGAAAGAUGAAGAAGGAAGAAGAAGAAGAGGAAGAAGAAGAAGAUGUUGAGAUGAAAGAUGAAGAAGAUGAAGAGAAGAGAAAGAGAAAUGGUGAGAAGGAAAAUGGAAAGAAAAAAGAAGAUGAGGAGGAGGAGGAGAAGGAAAAGGAUGAACGAUACCGACCGUCUGUGUCUCGAAAGAACAGUCGACGCUCACGCUCUAGAUCACCUCAAUCACCGUCAAGAUCUUCUCGUCGUCGUCGUCAUCGACGCGAUUCAUCGUAUUCGCGCUCACGCUCUCCUCCGCGUAGUCGACAUGUUCGACGUGGUGGCUCUCGCUCGCGUUCUGCACCACGAGACAGACAUUCACGUGGACGCAACCAUGAUCGUCGUAGCCGUCGCAGAGGACGCAGCUACAGUCGUAGCCUCAGCCCGAGUUACAAUCGUGGUCAUCGCCGGUUGGAACGGUCCAGCUCACGCGAUCCACCACGUCAUGAUGCAAACAGCUCGCCAGAAGCGCAUCAACAUCCUCCUGUUGCUCCCGAUACUGCCCCCGCUGGUGUCGGCAUUGCCCCGCAUGCCCCAAGCACUGGUGUAAAUCCAACUAUUACGCAACUAAUGGCUCAGUAUCCGACGAUGAGUCUGCAGGACAUCAUUGCCAAGAUGCAGGCGUCAAAUGUGACGAUGGCAGCCGCAGUAGCCCAAAAACCAGCGCGUGAACUGUACGUUGGCAAUUUGCCUCCUAACGUGACGGGUCCACAGCUACAGGAGUUUCUGAGCACUAUUAUUCAACAGGUGGGGCUUACAACACAACCCGGAAACCCGAUUAUUAACACGUGGAUUUCUACGGACGGUCAUUUUGCUUUUUGCGAAAUGCGGUCUGUCGAGGAAUGCAACUUGGCGCUGCUGCUGAAUCAGUUGUCACUUCUUGGGCAGCCACUAAAAUUUGGCCGACCACGCAGUUUCAUGGGUCCGCCCCAGCCUAUGCCUCAAAUUUCGGCGCGCACGCAGACGGCCCUUACAAACUUGGGCUGCACACCUAAUCCGGCUUGGUUCGCACAGCCUCCUAUUCCGAGUAUUACGGAGGCAACAACAGAGUUGCCAACACUAUCAGGAUCUGCCAUCAUGGCUCUGGUUCCGGAUAUCAAGCCUGCCGUCACCACUGCUACUACAGCAGUUUCUGCCGGCUCACACCACCUUAUUAUGUCCAACAUUCCAGUUGUGUUAGCGGAGGACCAAGUAAAGGAGUUAGUAGAGCCGUUUGGGGCGCUCAAAAGCUUUAUAUUGAUCAAGGACGCUGUCACGGGUGCCUCCAUGGGCAGUGCUCUAUUUGAAUACGAAGAUGAGACUGUUGCCGCGCAAGCGUUGGAAGGUUUAAAUGGACUAAGCAUUGGUGGCAUUCUUUUAUCUGUACAGCGCCAGCCUCUCUCUAGCGAAGCAGCGCUUGGAGUUCUACCUGGAACGGUCCCUAAUCCUGAGGAUCAGCCUAGUGCUGUCCUAAAAAUGGCGAAUAUGGUUUCUGUGGAUGAGCUAAAGGAUGAUGAAGAGUACGCUGAUCUUGCUGAAGAUGUAGAGGAGGAGUGCAAGCGCUUUGGAAAUGUGACUCGCUUAGAGAUUCCGCGUCCUAAGGACGGAGAGGAAGUCCCUGGCUUAGGUUGCAUCUACGUUUGCUUUGGGAAGGAAGAAGACGCAGCCUCUGCUUUGAAGGCGUUGAAUGGACGCAAGUUUGGCGGAAACAUUGUUAAAGUGACCUACUUCCCGGUGGACAAGUUUGAGAAGCUCGAGUUCGUUUGA